AUGCCUAGUCAAGGAUCAAUCCAUUACGGCCACUGUGAGCUCUACGUUCAAAUUUGCUACCCGGGGGAUGACGGUGCCAUCCAUUGGAUGAUCGUUAUGAAGUAUACAGGUGCUGACCGUGGCACCCGGCUCCACAGCAUUGGCUACAAGGGUCAUCGUACAUUGGCUAUAGAACCUGGCAAAAGAUUUGAUAGCCAGUCAGUCGAACACACACACUAUCUCGGUAGAAUUCAUGAAGCCGAUAGUGGUAUUGUCAUACAAGAGGCUGAAAAGAUUCCACUACAGAGCUGCCAACUAUGGGCUUGUUACCUGUUGCUUAGACUUGAGCGCAAGAGACGGCUCCCAAAGGGGACCUACGACCAUUAUAUGAACUGUUACAGGCAUAGACGUGAUGAAGAUUAUGGACCUGGUGAUGAUCAAUGCCCGGUUCAUGGACAUUAG